CCUCGGUGUCUAUGCUCGGUGUCUAUGCUCGGUGUCUAUGCUCGGUGCUGCUCAUCAUGGCGGCCGCUGCCCGCCUCCUCCUUCCUCUCCUUCCUCUCCGCCUCUUUCCCGCCGUUACUUUCGCGCUGCUGUGUGUUUUUCCCGCCGUGUCCUCGCGCAGGGCCGUGCUCGAGCUCGGUGACGUAGACUUCGACUACCUGUCGACGGAGCACGAGACCAUGCUGGUGACGUUCUACGCUCCAUGGUGUGGUCAUUGUAAGAAAUUAGCUCCAGAGUUUGAGAAAGCAGCGACCCGCCUGAAGGGAACCGUCCAGCUCGCCAAGGUGGACUGUACAGCUCACACAGAGACCUGUGGACGUUUCGGGGUUACUGGUUACCCGACGCUGAAGAUCUUCAGGAACGGAAGAGACUCCGCCCCCUACGACGGACCUCGCAGCGCAGAUGGGAUGUAUCACUACAUGAAGAAGCAGACCGGUCCAGACUCGGUUCACCUGAAGACUGAAGAAGACCUCCAGACCUUCAUCAACCACUAUGAAGCCAGUGUCGUAGGUGUGUUCUCAGGUGCAGACAGCGUUCUGCUGCCAGAGUUCCUGAGAGCUGCUGCUCUCCUCAGAGAACAGUUCAGGUUCUCUCACACCGCUGAUCUGAAGCUGGGGCAGAAGUACGGAGUCACCUCAGAGACUGUGUUGUUGUUCAGACCUUCCAGACUGUCCAAUAAGUUUGAGGAGGACGUUUUGGUGUUUAAAGAUCACCUGACUAUCGGCUCCCUGAGACGCUUCAUCAGAGACAACAUUUAUGGUCUGUGUCCUCACAUGACUGUGGAGAACAGAGAUCGUCUGAGAGUUCGUGACCUGCUGACAGCGUACUACGACCUGGACUACCAUCGCAACAUCCCAGGGUCCAACUACUGGAGAAACAGGGUGAUGAAGAUGGCGUCAAAAUGUUCUGGGCGAGGCCUGACAUUCUCAGUAGCCAAUAAGAAGGACUUCCUGUCUGAGCUGGAGGAGGACUUUGGCCUCGGGACUUCAGACGGGGGAGAACUGCCGUUUGUCACGAUCCGGACCAAACUGGGCCACAAGUACACCAUGAGGGAGGAGUUCACGAGGGACGGUCGGUCCUUGGAGAGGUUUCUAGACGAUUACUUUGCAGGUCGUCUGAAACGUUACAUUAAGUCUGAACCGGUUCCGGAGAGAAACACUGCAGCUGUCAAGGUUGUUGUUGCAGAGUCCUUUGAUGCCGUCGUCAAUGAUCCAGAGAAAGAUGUUCUGAUCCAGUUUUACUCUCGGUCCUGUUCACACUGCAAGAAACUGGAGCCGGUCUACAGAGAGCUGGCUGAGACACUGUCCUCUGAUCCAAACAUGGUCGUCGCCAAGAUGAACGCCGCCGACAACGACGUCCCGCCGGGAUACGACGUCCAGGGGUAUCCCACCAUUUAUUUUGCUCCAGUGGGGAAGAAGGACGAGCCAAUCAGAUACGAGGGGGGACGAGAGCUCAGAGACUUCCUGAAGUUCCUGAAGAGCGAGGCGAGUCACCGUCUGGUGGUCGGUGGACUGAAGACUGAACUCUGACAGGUUUCCGGAGUCCAAUCGGAUUCCUCCGUUAUCAUGAUGUCAUACGUGAUAUCACCAGUCUGCUGAAUGGUUCUGUGGUUUUAUAUUUAUUUCUGUCUGGAGACGUUGACGUGUUGGACUAAAGGGUGUCGGUCACGGCUCACGUUUUUUUGGAAGAUGUUGAAAGGCAUUCUGGGAAACGAAGUUAUUCAGUAAUAGAACAGGACUGAGUUGAACUAAUCUGAUAAGAAUCGAUCAGUUUAUGUUCAUCUUUAACAAACAAACAUUUUAAUCAGGGGAUCUGUUUGUACUUGUGACAAGUGUUUGUUGGGACUUUUUACAGUGUAAAAAUAAACAGCGUCCUCUGGUGGACAUUCAGGAAACGACGUCUCUGAGUCUUCAAUGAUUAUUAUUGAUCAUCAAUCAAUAAGUCUAGUUCAAAACUAUUUUCACAAAUUUACAGUAAAAGAGUUCUUCGUCGUUCCUCCUACCGCAGCGUAUUCA